GCAAUAAUAUGGCGGUUGAAGCAAGAGAUGUCGAUCACUCGACUGUUCUUCUACGUCGUCCUUUACCUCCAAAACCGAACGUUGAUCAUCGAAAUUUGAAUUUAAAUGGAGAUAAAAAGAGAAGGAAAAGCUCAUUAAAAUAAAAAACUGUAAAAAGCUUCCUAAGUCGAUUCAGAAAUUGGAUCUUAAAGAAGUUGAAAAAGAAUAUCCUACAUUAGACUUAAGUUUGUUUCCAUCUAAGCCAAGCGGUCCAGACCCUCUACCUUCAAGAAAGCCUAAGAGAGCAAAAGAGAACUCAUGCGAGUAUCAUGUAGAUGAGCGUUUUCUUCCCUCAUUGCCAGAAUUCACUUUAGAAGAUUUUGCGCAAAUGUGUUGUGCAACAGACAGACCAGGAGCACAGUUAAAAUCCUGGAAAUAUAUUGAUGAAACAAAAUAUUUAAAGCAAGCCGAUCAAAUUGGCUCGAAUAAAAUUGAUAAAUAUAUUUUAUAUGAGAAUUGCAAACUUUGUAUGAGAUACAACAGAAAACCUCAAAGACAAAUCAUUCUUGAAUUAGCUGCAGCAAUAUUAAUUACAAAUGACAAGAAGCAACUCGAUGAUCUAAUAACAGAAAUUAUAAACACAGUUGAAGUGAAUGACCGGGAUGAUAAAAUAUGUUUUCAACACUUUCCACACACUGAUAAUUUUGCACAUACUCUGCUUUCCAAUCCAUUGUUUUCACUCAGUGACAAAGCUAUGUCUGAUGUAUCGCAAAUCAUAAACCGACAUACCCGGCAGAAACAGAUUAAAGAAUCAUCAGAAAAGAGAGAAACUUGUCCUCAAAGUGAAACUCUUCUCACAAGAUCACAAAUAGCAUUUUUUCAUGGAACAGGACGGUGUUCAUCGCCUUUUGAGAAUAAUGAAAUUGAGCAUGAGAGCAAGUUAACAGCCGCAGAAUUAGUUAUUUUGGAAACUAUUGUUCGAUGUUGUACUAAUUUAGACCUCAAGGCUCACUUCAUCUCUCGUCUUCCUAAUAUUGAACUCUUGUUACAAAAGUUAACCGUUGUUAACUUAUCUUUCAAUAACUUUCGUGUGAUUCCAUCACAAAUCUUCAAAUUGAAAAACCUCGUCCAUUUAAACCUUCGAAAUAAUCCAAUAAAAGAAUUGCCUCAUGCAAUCGCAGGAUUACAACAACUUCAAUUGUUGGUGGUUUCUUUUUGUUUUAUUUCAUGUAUUCCCAUCAGUCUUUUUACUCUUCGGAAACUGACUUUUUUGGAUCUGUCGUAUAACAAGCUGUCGUUUCUUCCCAAAGAUAUAGGAAAUUUAAGUUCAUUACGUGAGUUAAAUGUUGAAGGAAAUGAACUAGGUGCCUUACCAACCGGCCUACUUUUACUUAACUUGAGACAUCUUCGAAUGGUAAACAAUUUUACACAUCCAUUGUUUUGGCGGGAAACUACAUGUAAUGGUCCACAGAGACUAUUUCAUUUGGCUGCGAAGAAAGUAGCUUCAGAUGGUUUGAUGAUUAAAGCUAUUCCCGAAGAAAUAGAAAAGCAGUUACUGAGUCCUGGGGUCUGUGAUUGUUGUGAUGGUCCUAUGUUUGGUCCUGGAGUGAGAAUCAUCAAGACUGUUGAAAAUAUGUUUGGAGUAAAAUAUAUUCCAAUAAUUUUUACAGUGUGUGCACACACAUGUAGGAGAGCUUUUAAAAAGAAUCCGAACGCAGUCCAUAAUUGGUUGAGUAAAAAUUGCAAAACUUCAACCUGAUCAACACAUAAUAGACAUGACUAAAACGAACAUCAAAGUUUUUAGAGUUUUUACCUUUAACUUUUUGAUGUUUGCGAAUGGAAAAAUGAAUUUCGAUGUAAGAACGUCGUAAACAUUCGAUAACUGAAACGAUGGAAAUGUAACAGAUUUUUCUGUUGACAUACGGGUGAUUUGCAACAACGCAAAGUUUGCAAAAUUUGAGAAGUCACGAAAUUAUAAUUUUGUUUUCACAAAA